AUGAGUGAAACAGAUUUCCAGACGUUUUACUCGGAGGUGAAGCACAUGGAAAAGGAGGACUCGGUUUACACUUCGGACAAACAGCUGAGCCGACUGUUGAGGCCGGGCUCGACAUACGCUAACCUCAAUCCCUUUGAAGUACUUCUCGUGGAUCCGGAGGACACUUCCGAAACGAUUAGAAGACAAUACAAGAAGUUGUCGAUUCUGUUACAUCCGGACAAGAAUCCGGACGACAGGGAUAGGGCGCAGACGGCCUUCGAUGUGAUCAAUAAGGCCUACAAGUGCUUAGAGUCGGAACAGAGCCGCGCGAAGGCCCUGGAAGUGGUCGAAGAGGCGAAGUUUAGAGUCAAUCGUAUGAUCGAUGAGAAGCGCAAGAAAUUGAAGAAAGAGAAGCGAAACGAAGCCGUGGAAGAGGACGACCCCAUGAAAUACAAGCACGCGAUUAAAGUGAUGACAAUGAAGUUGUUUGCAGACUAUGAACGCAAACGACGCGCUCUGGAGGAGAGGGCACAGGAAGAGAGGAAACGCAAACGCGAGCAAGAGAUCGAUGAGGAAGAGGCCAAACAGGACGAGAAAGUGUUCGCUAAGAAUUUCGAAGAGAGUCGACAGAAUCGGGUCAACAGUUGGCAGUCAUUCUCCAAAAGCAGUAAAUCUAAGCGCAAAGACAUCCGUCCGCCCAAACAUAAAGCAGAGACCCGAUAG